AAAAAGGGAAAAAGAACCCAAUCCAAAAUCUACUUCUAAUAUCCACAGUUCACAAAGUAAAACUAAACACUGCCCGCGUCAUCUUUUACCGUAACGUUGAAACCAACCGCCAACCCCCAACACGACAUAGCACGAUACUUUCUCUCUCCCAGAGAUCCCUGUUUGUUACCCCUGGAUCUGACACAAAUGGUCUAAUUUUCCCGGGAAAUCCCAGUUUUCCUGGAAAGUUAGAGAAAUGGAUGAGUCAUUCUUUGAUCUGAUGGAGUUUUUAAAAAGACCAUCAAUAACUGAAACAUUUGUCGACAUUUUGCUUUGUGCAGUACCUAUAUGGCUAGCGGUUAUGAUCGGGCUCGUGAUCGGCUGGUCUUGGCGGCCUAGGUGGACCGGUUUGGUUUUCCUUGGUUUGAGGAGUAGGUUCAGGUUUUUAUGGACUGCGCCGCCUGGUUUUGGAGCUCGUCGCCUUUGGUUGGCUUUUACGGCUUUAUCGGCCUUUUCUGUUUGCCGUACUGUUUGGUCUAAUUUCAAGGGCAAAAAUGUAAAAUUGGCACCUACAAUGGCUACUCCGGCUUCUAUGGCGCCGACGAGAAACUCGGCAGAUGGAGGUGGUGGUGGUGAAUCUGUUAGCUCUUGUGGGGAACCUCAGGAGGGGGAGGAUGUUGUUACGGAGAAUGAUUUGGAACACCUACUGCAUCUUCUUGAAGGGAAGGAUGGACAAAUGGAAUGGCAAUUUAUGAUGGAAAGAUCUACCUCAAAUAUGGCAUACCAAGCUUGGCGCCACGAGCCUCAGAAUGCUCCUACUGUAUACCGUAGUAGAACUGUCUUUGAGGAUGCUACUCCAGAACUGGUUAGAGAUUUUUUCUGGGAUGAUGAGUUUCGACUGAAAUGGGAUCCAAUGCUUGCAUACUUCAAAAUAUUAGAGGAAUUCCCACAUUCGGGAACAAUGAUUGUCCAUUGGAUAAAAAAGUUUCCAUUUUUCUGCAGCGAUCGAGAAUAUAUUAUUGGUCGUAGAAUAUGGGAGGCUGGGAAGACAUAUUAUUGUCUGACAAAGGGGGUGCCAUAUGAAGGCCUGCCCAAGCGUGACAAGCCAAGGCGAGUGGAUCUUUACUUCUCAAGUUGGGUUAUCAGAGCUGUGGAAUCUCGCAAAGGAGAUGGACAGAUGUCUGCAUGUGAGGUUACCCUUUUUCAUUGUGAGGACAUGGGAAUCCCCAAAGAUGUGGCUAAGCUGGGAGUGCGACAUGGUAUGUGGGGAACUGUCAAGAAGUUGCAUUCUGGCAUGAGAGCAUACCAGAAUGCUAGGAAAUCAGAGGCUUCAUUGUCUAGAAGUGCACUUAUGGCAAGAAUUACAACAAAAAUUUCUUUUGAUGAAAGCAUGGAUUCUUCUGAGCCAGUCACUGGCGAAGAAGAUAAACAUGGAGCGGUAGACAUCAGAAGACACAAGGAUCAUGGCAUUGAUUGGAAAUGGAUAGUUGUAGGUGGAACAAUAGCUCUAGUCUGCGGACUUCAUUCUGGUGCAGUUGGGAAGGCCUUGCUAUUUGGAGCAGGGCAAAGAAUUGCGCGGAGAUGAGAGUUUUCUGGUUAAUGACAGUUUAUCCCUAUAUGAUUUUGAAGAAUUCACAACUAAUAUACAACUAUUUAAUGAACUUGUUAAGGUAUCAAGUACCACUGAUGUUAAAUUUUCUGUAAUUGGUCCAAUUGAAUCACAUCUUUUUCUCCGUGA